UCACACACGCACUCGCUCGCUCUCUCUCUCUCUCUCGGUGCCACACAGGCGGGCGAGUGACACGGCUCAUCAUCUACACCGAGGGAGGCCGUUGGUGCUGCUGCUGCUGCGCCAUGGAGACAGCGCAGGAAAGAGAGCUGCUGCAGCUGCAGCUGCAGGGCUGGCCUUUCCACGCCAUGCCGCCCAGCUUCGACGCCGGCAGCGCCUACAGCGGCAGCGGCAGCAGCAUGAGCAGCGACUCCUUCCUGCUCGGAUGGGAGCCGCCGUUCGGCGGCUGCUUCGGCCUCGCCGACGCGCAGCUCCACGACCUCUUCCCCCUCUGCAUGGAGCCGCUUCCGUUGUCGCCGGCCGCGACGUCCACGGCGGCGGACUUCCCGGCCGAGCGAGAGCAGCAGGUCCCGGCGCCGGCGGCAAUGCCCAACGGGGAGCUCGGCGACCUUCUGCUGAAUUUCUGGGACGCCGGUGACGCGAGAGAGCAGCCGGUCGCAAUCAAUUCGGGCUGCGUGGCACCGCAGCAGGAGAAGAGCAGCCAGAGCAGCGCUGCCACGGCAACAAACUCUUUCCUCUAUGAUGAGGACGAUCUCCUGGGCUCCAUUUUCUCCAAGAGGCCCACCUUGGCAGAAGAAGCACCCGUGUUCCUCACCCCGGCGGAGGCCGAGCCCCUCCCCAGCGCCUCCUCCUCCUCCAGCUGCCACGCGGGCCCACCUGCCUGCCGGGCCCGGGCGCAGGACACCACCACCAGGCCAAGUGGCGCACGGGCCCCACCGCCUCUCCCUCGCUGCUCCUCGUCGUCGUUGAAACGGGCGACACCAGAAGCAGCAUCGGAGUCGACGGAGGCGGAGAGCGGCGGGAAGCGGCGGAAGGCGUCGUCGGGGAGCGUGGUGUGCCCGUUCGCCGUGCUGAAGCCGGACGGCCUCGACGGCGGCGCGACGCUGGCGGACAUCAACGCGCGCAUCCUCAUGCGGCCGGCGCGGCCCGUGCGGCACCCCGUCGGCGAGUACGCGUGCGCGCCGCGCGUGCUGGCGGCCGACGCGCCCGGCAUCUCCGGCAGGGCCGUCUCGGGGUUCACGAGGCUGCACACCCCCGGCCGCGGCACCAUCACCAUCAUGAGGACGCGAGGCUGCUAGCGCGCGCACCAUCAUUGCGAGCCCCGUCUGCUGUCUGUGCCUCAUGGACGUCCAUGGACGAUGAUGAUAUGAUAUAAUGCACCAUGUAGAGUAGAUUAGCCCGGCUCAAUCAGUGCUACGUGCAUUGCAUGGCUAGCUAGGUAGACGCCCCAUGGCUGGCUACUCCAGUAGGAGUAGCGCUUCCGGGUUCCAAUGCCGUGUAAUUACAUGCUCGAUUAUUACAUAAGGAGUGAGGUGAAUGAAUAAAAUCCUUCCAUUUUCUUCUC